AUCUCCCAGAUGCUCUAAUCCAGAACACGUUAGACGCUUCUGGUAUUUCGGGUGAUCUAAGAGACGCUGCCAGUCAUUUAAGGGAUCCCUUCGACUUGCUUGUCAAUCAUUUAUCACAUCACAUCAGAAUGAGAGAAGUAAUUUCCAUUCACGUAGGCCAGGCUGGUUGCCAGAUGGGCAACGCAUGCUGGGAGCUGUACUGUCUCGAGCAUGGGAUUGAAGCAAAUGGUGUCAUGCUGAAAGACGAACAAAAGUUUGAGUCUUCGUUCACGACUUUCUUCAGCGAGACGGGCAGUGGCAGAUAUGUUCCUCGCUCAGUCUUCGUGGACCUUGAACCAACAGUCCUUGAUGAAAUUCGCACUGGCAAAUACAGGCAGCUGUUCCAUCCAGAGCAAUUAAUUAACGGCAAGGAAGAUGCAGCCAAUAACUACGCCCGUGGCCAUUACACCAUAGGAAAAGAGAUUGUUGAUCAAGUACUCGACAGGAUAAGGAAAUUGGCCGACAUGUGCAGUGGCCUUCAGGGAUUCCUUGUCUUCCAUUCCUUCGGAGGGGGCACGGGGUCCGGAUUCACUUCUCUCCUGAUGGAGAGGCUCUCUGUUGAUUAUGGCAAGAAGAGCAAGCUAGAGUUUGCCGUGUACCCUGCCCCUCUAGUCUCAACAUCGGUAGUCGAGCCUUACAACUCCAUCUUAACGACUCACACCACCCUCGAACACUUCGACUGCUCCUUCAUGGUCGACAACGAAGCCAUUUACAGCAUCUGCCAGAAAAACCUGGGCGUUGAACGACCAACUUACUCUAAUCUGAAUCGUCUGAUUGGUCAAGUUGUGUCCUCCAUUACUGCCUCCUUGAGAUUCGACGGUGCACUUAAUGUUGAUUUGGCUGAGUUCCAGACUAACUUGGUGCCGUACCCAAGAAUUCACUUCCCACUGGUGACUUACUCUCCCAUCAUAUCCACCGAAAAGGCUUACCACGAGCAGCUAUCAGUCUCCCAGAUUACGAGCGCCUGUUUCGAACCUUCUAACCAGAUGGUAAGAUGCAAUCCCCGCAACGGCAUGUACAUGGCUUGCUGCCUCUUAUACAGGGGAGACGUGGUCCCGAAAGAUGUCAACGCUUCUAUUGCGCAGAUUAAGACGAAGAGAAACAUCCAGUUCGUCGACUGGUGCCCCACUGGAUUCAAAAUUGGAAUUAACUACCAGCCGCCUACAGUGGUACCGGAUGGUGAUCUCGCAAAGGUAUCUCGCGCUGUUUGCAUGCUGGCAAACACCACGUCAAUUGUCGAAGCGUUUUCUCGACUUAAUUAUAAAUUUGACCUCAUGUACACGAAACGAGCCUUCGUCCAUUGGUACGUAGGCGAAGGCAUGGAAGAAGGCGAGUUUAUAGAGGCUAGAGAAGAUCUUGCCAGUCUUGAGAAAGACUAUGAAAUUGUUGCUGGCAACGAAAGUGACCAUUCGGAUAGUGAGGAGGGUCAUAAUGAAUAUUAAUGUAUCAAAGUUAUAGUUCGUGCAAUUGUGGACUGCAGGGUGAAAACAAAUUUCUAAGAUUCAUCGAAAACACAUUUUAUUAGACUUUAGCAAGUUUGUAUCAACACAGCUCACUAAGUUAGUCUGUGAGCUUAAGAGAAAGAAAUAAAAGAGGAAGUUUC